AUGACAACUCGACCACGUUUAUUUGCUCGUACAUGUGAAGUAAAUCAUAACUCUGAACAACUAUCGUCAUCAAAAAGGUCUAUUAUUCUACUACUAGAUUUAUUUUCAAGUGAUAUCCAUUUACGUAAAGAACUUGAUCAUCUUUCUAACUGUCACUGUUCUCGAGCGUAUUCUAUAAACAACUGUUUAGAUUUAAUAUAUCAAGAUGGUAUUAAAGAUGGUUUAAUUUUGCUUAUUAUUUCACCUCGAUUUGUUGACUUUGUUUUCGAUACCUUGUUGGAAAUUGUGCCACAGUUGUCAUAUAUUUAUUUAUUUGAUAAAGUUCUAUACAACCAACACUUCAAUCGUGAUCUACGAUUUCGUGGUAUAUUCGAUAAUGUUCAAGUAUUAACUGAAAAAAUACGUGAGGAUAUUGAAAAGUUCGCAGAUUCUACUCAUAAAAGCGAAGGCAUUCAAUAUAUACUUGAAGACACUGCAAUAUUUUUUUGGUAUCGAUUCUUCUUUAAUAUUUUAGACCAUUUAAAACAUACUGGUGUCGCGAAAGAUGAAAUGAUUAGUCGAGUUCGUACUAUUUCUAAAGAUGAUAGACGUACACUGGAAGAAACUAAUCAAUUUGUAUAUACAUAUUCCUCUAAUGAUGUUAUCAUGUGGUACACUAGAGAUAGCUUUCUUUAUCGUAAACUUAAUAGAGCAUUACGCAGUCAUGAUAUCAAUGAAAUAUUUUUAUGGCGAUUUUAUAUUAGUGAUCUCGACAGAAAGCUUCGAGAACUAUGCUCAAAACAAAUGGAUUCUCAACCUAGGUGUACGUAUCGAGGUCAAGUGCUUCAUAAAUACGAUUUAUGUAAGCUGGCAAAGAGUGUAGGUAAAUUAAUCGCAAUGACUUCUUUUCUGUCUACAACUUCGGACCUUAAUAUUGCGAAAAUUUUUGCUGACUAUUCUGGUGAAGCUGAUUCUCCUCAGCGAUCAGUUGUCUACAAGAUAUUCAUAGAAUCAAACAAUAGUAAAAUAGUAUGUGCCAAUAUCUCGCAACUAAGUACAUACGCAGAGGAAGUAGAAGAUCUAUUCUCAAUACGAUCAAUGUUUCGUAUUGAACGAGUUGAACAUUCUGAUAAUAUAUGGUAUAUUGAUUUAACAGCUGUAGAUGAAGACGAUCAGCAAUUUUGUACAGCAAUCAAUCCUUGGAAAGCAAAAAUUAGUGAACAGAGUUUUUUUUCUGAACGUCAUGAACCAUUAUUUACUCGAUUUUUAAUCAAUGAAAAUAGUUCUUUUCUAGCUUUUCAAUUACUUACUGAUAUAAUGUUACGACUUUAUCAAACUGAAUUUGCUCGACAAGAAAUGAUUGAAAUGUGCCGAUUGAAAUAUGAAAAUAACCCAACUGAUAAAGAGAAGAUCAAUGAAUUUGAAAGUUCUUAUCAACAUAGUGAUGCCUUAGAAUGGUAUACAAAAAAUUCUUUUCUUUAUCGACUUCUUCAUCAAGCACUUCGAGCGGAAGAUAUUGAUACUAUUUUUAAACUACGUUAUUAUAUUUAUGAUUUACAUAAUCAACUAGCUCAACUUCAUACAUCUUAUCUUUACUCUUUACCAUCGGAUCAACCAAUACUAACACUUUAUCGUGAACAACGUAUGAAAAUUACUGAACUGACAAGACUUCAGGAGAAUAUCAACAAAUUAAUAUCUAUGAAUAAUUUUUUAUCAACAACAAACAAUGUUACAGCUGCUAUCUUUUUUGCUGGUGACGGCUGUCUUAAUGAUCCAGAUGGGGAAGUAUCAGUUGUUUAUCAAAUCACAAUUGAUACAAGUGUUCCUCAUUCAAUUCCAUUCGCCAAAAUCCAAUAUGAAAGUAUAUUUGAAGACGAAGAUGAAGUUUUAUUUUCCAUGGCUUCAGUAUUUCGGAUAGAUAGUAUUGAAAAGUAUGGAGCAUUGUGGGUGGUUGAAUUAACACUAAUUAACAAAGAAGAUGAAACAUGGAAUAUUCUUACAGCUCAUUUAAAUCAAUAA